AUGACGAUCGCGAAGAAGCUUGAAAGACAAAAAUUAAAAGCUAUGGAGUCAAAAAGGGAAAACGAAUCGAAUGGUUUCAAGGCGGAGGAAUAUUGGUUAAAUAAAAAAGGAUGUCCAGUUGAAACUGUGCCGAUACGUAAAAUGACAAAGAAACAACUCCAAAGGGAUCUAGAUGCCUCCAUGAGCUUGGGUAAUCAGUACUUUGGAUAUAAUUGGAUUGAUUUUGCAGGAAUUAGGAUACAAGCGACUCCACCAAUAGAAAGAUUUUAUGGUGUCUCAGCAUUUCUUAGUAUAUACAAUCCUCAAGUAGAUGGAAAUGGUCCAUACAGUGCUGCAACCAUUUUUCUUUCGAAUGGGAGAGGGCAAAACGUCGAGGAGAUACAAGUCGGAUGGAUUGUGCAUCCAAGUUUGAAUGGUGACACCCGAACUCAUUUGUAUACCAAGUGGACAGUGGAUGGCUAUCAGAAAACAGGAUGUUACAACACUAAGUGUCCGGGAUUUAUCCAAUUAAGUCGUGUAAUACCUAUAGAUUAUGCUUUUCCAAGGACCUCAGAAAUAGGAAGUUAUUACAAAGAGGAAGUGCUUCUCAGGUUGUAUCAGACGGAAUAUUUUGAUUAUCAUCUUACAAUGCCGGUGAUGAAUGAGGAGCUAGGAAUGUGGCCCUAUGAAGUGUUCGACAAAUUGAGUGCAAAUGCAGGGGACUUAGUGCAAUACGGAGGGAAAGUGUACACACCAGGAGGUCAAUAUAUUACGCCUACUAUGGGAAAUGGUCAAUUUAGGGGAGGGCAUUGGCUGCUCACUAGUUAUAUGCGCAAAGUCUUGUAUGAAAUAGAUGUAGAUGGCCACAAACAACAAGUUUCACCAGAUGAAUCUAAGGUUGAACCUCGUGAAUCAAGGUGUUUCUACCAAGGCAAUCAUUAUAACGCGAACGAUGGCUACUGGGACUAUAACUUCUUAUUUGGGGGUGCAGGUGGUGGAGAUCAAAGUGAAUUUUGUCACUACCAUCGAUUAAAAAUCAACCUGGGAAAUGCAGACAAUAUGAUUGACGAUUUGGCUGAUAUUAUGAGUUGUAAGGUGGAGAAAUUCCCUACCAUUUACUGGUACUCCUGUUCAGUUGUGAUAGUUAGUGAUGAGGGUGCUCCUAUUGAUCUUGAUAUGGCUGCUAAAACAAUGAAUAUACCCAUUGAAAGGAUUUACCCAAAAACUUAA